AUGCUUAAGUUAGACAUAGAAAAACUAAAACCAUUACAGAAAAUGGAAACAAUGUUGAGGGCACUAUGCUGCAUUGCCUUUCUGAUCCUAUUCACAUGUAUGCCAAGAGGAAGUGCUCAAGAUAGCUCUUGCCUCAACAAGCUUUCACCUUGCCUAAGCUACCUCAAUGGCAGUGAAGACCCACCUGAUAGUUGCUGUGAGCCUCUCAAAUCUGUGAUUGAAUCAGAUGCAGAAUGCCUGUGUAGCUUGGUGAGCAACAGAGGCACCAGGCAAGCAGAACAAGCUGGCAUUAACAUCAGUGAGGCUCAGCAAUUGCCUGGUAGAUGUGGCCAACAUGUUAAUCCUUUGUCCUGUCUCACAAGUUCACCUGGUCCAAAUAACUCAGACAGAAACUCAGCAACAGCAACAAAGUCGAUGCACGUGUCUAGUGGAAUUGUUAUGAUGAUAUUUGUUUUGUCAUUAUUCAUGUGUAUAAAUAAAUAG